AUGACUUUUGCACCCACUACCCCAAGGAGACCCAUUUCCUACGAGUGGUCGUGGCUCCCUGUAGAGCUUCAACUACAGAUCUUCGGAUAUGUGGCUGGAGAGCAGAAGUCCCGAACUACGGGACUUGUUUUGUGUGCCUGCGUCUCUUCUGAAUGGCAAGAGUACUUCGAAAGGUUUACCUUCCGGCGCCUUCUGAUUGACAACUCCCAGCUGGUUAGAUUCUCAAAAAUGACCGAGGGCGAAAAGGCCGCGAGACUGUCCUAUAUACGCUAUUUGUGUCUGAGAAUCAAGCUCCAGGACUAUGAUCAUCUAGAAGCUAAUAAGUCAGAGUCUCAUGCCACCAUCAAUUGGAAUAACCAGAGAUUUACCCAUUCGCUCAAAGUAUUGUUCCACGUCCUCCGUCGUUGGAAUCCCUCUAGCAAUCGGGACACUGGAUUGAUACUUGAGAUUACCGCCUACUCACCUGGCGACAAUAGGCGAUUCCGAGACGCAUCAAUGGAUUAUGCUAUCCACGAAAACUUCCAGUUAGAAGAGGACCUCGCAAGCUCACCAAGCAUUGCAGGAUUCAUGGAUGACAAGGAUGAAAGGGAUCGUGGAACGAUUUGGCAUAGCCCGACCACCGUGCAAGGCUCGGAGCGACUACAUGGCACGGCCCUUGCACUGGCGACAAGAAAAGACCUGAAGGAAGUCCCCAUCGUCCAUUCUCUUUGGAUGCGUCAUCAAUUCAAAAGAGGGAUCGCGGGCUCGAGCUUGGCAAGGAUCUUGCGAAUGGCCCUGACGAAGGUGACAUCCUUCAGACUCGAGAUUUCACCAGAUCCACGAUAUUUCAGUAACUGGGACAGUCUGAUUCUUCAGUUCCCCCCUCAUAUUCGUCAGUCUUCUUUCAACAUCUUUCCAAGAAAUUUCUCGCAUCCUUAUUUCAUGGACGCAACAUCUGGACUACCGACAAUAAACGAAAAGGUUCUUGCAGAGAAGGCUCACCAUCUGGUUGCACUCUGCCCACCUCCUGGUACGAAUUCACUGAAUUUUAUUCAGCAUCUUCGAAAGUCACCGCAACUCGAACAUGGUUCAAGACUGGCUCAGCUAUGUCUUGAAGUUCCAUAUAACCCUCGUGGAGGAAGUUCCUCAUUCCAGGGUCAGAUAAAUCAUCUCUUGGAAGAGUCUGCACUCACAGCUCAGCACUUACCAAAUCUCAAGAUUCUGGAAAUAUGGUGUCACGGGCGGAUGAAAGCAUUUAUAUUCAGAUAUGAGCAUGAGAAAGACCAAGUUACCAUCACAUGGAGAGCAUCCCAAGACGGGAUUAACUUGGCAGAGGGAAGUAUACAGCAGUGGAAAAGUGUAGCUCAAAAGUAUAACGUGGUCUUCUCAGUAAAGGAGCUGCCGGUUUUGAAAAAUCCCACUUCUUGGGUUUUCUCAUCGGGCGACGGGUAUAUUAACAGCAAGGUCGUCUAUUGGCAACUGAAGCUGCGCGAUUUGGCAGUUGAUCCAGUCGCUUUAGCCCGCGCCGAUAUAAUUAGAAUCUGGUAA